AUGCUCACGGGAGCCCGAUUGCUGUUCCGCAGCCGCGGCCUCGCCACCGCGACGCGGCGAACCUCAAAGCGGCUCGAUGGCGCAUUGAGCCUGGAAAAUUUCCUUCAACGAUCGCGAACCCUUGCCUUCUACAGAACGAUUCUACGCGGGAUCAAGCGGAUACAAGACCCGGCUACCAAGGCCGAGUCCAAGAAGUACGCUCGCGACGAGUUCGAGCGCCAUCGUAACGUCACCGACCUUUCCCAUAUCAGAUACUUAUUAUCAACCGGCAAGACCGAGUGGGAGACAAUGGAGCGUUAUAUAGACCACAUGUAA